AUGCAAAAUGAGCAGUGGAGGACAGUGUAGAAGACGCAGAGGGCUCUCGGUCUGACCCACGAGGAUUUGAAGAUGUCUGCGUGCAGUGACUUUGUGGAACACGUUUGGAAGCCCGGCUCCUGCAAAAACUGCUUCAACCCAAAGAGUUCCCAUCGGCUGCAAACACCCCCAGACGUGGGAGCUUGUGCUGUGCUCCCGAAUGGAGUUAGGACCAAGCCUGAGAGCCCCGUGUUGGAAGACGAAGGUGUAAAUACUUCUCCCUUCUCAAAGCCAACAAUUGCUGUGAAGCCAACUAUGAUAAACUCGGAUGUUUCUGACUCGUGGGCGGACGUGAAUAUGAAUGCAGAUCUGUCACAGGUCAGCUGGGGCAUGGUUUCUGGCAAACAACUCCUUCUGAAAUCAGGAGAUGCACAGAGGAUCUGCCUUGACAAUUUUGGCAGUGGAGGUGUGAGAAAGCCCUUCCUUCACAACCUGCCCAGUGACUGCUUGUCUUGCUGUCCUCCUAGCUACUCCAUGGUGGGCCUGCGCAGCUUGGAAAGUCAUGUGGAGAGAAAUGUCUCCAUCCACAGCCUGGUGCUUGUGGGUGAGGUGGGCAAGCAGGAGGAUAGAGCCAAAGACAAGUUUGCCCUGCCACAUCGUGCCCCCUGCCCUAAUCUGUCUGCCUUGAGGGACAGAAACACCACAAACCCCAGCAGAAACCCUUCUUCCCAAGCCAGAGAAGGAGCAGCACUCCCCUUGGAGGGCAACUGUGGUCACCUCUCCUCCAGCUUUGAAAGCGAAGGGGGUGAGUACUGCUCAAUCACAGACUGCCACGGAGAGCGCGCUGUCUCGUGGGAGCCGUGUUGCGUGGAGGGGAAGGGCGCUUGGAGUGAGAAGGAGAGUUCUGCUCCAUGCAGAUGGAGGCAGCGGGAUGCUCCCGAGAUUCCCAGGCCAAGUGGCAGGGCGGUCAAGUUCAGUGAAGAGGAGCGCAGAGGUGUGAAUGUGGCCUUCUGCAUCACAAAAAACCAGGGUGAUCCUCUCCCCUACGCCCUGUGUUCAGAGAGGAAAAAGCCGUCUUUCCACCCUGAGCCUGCUGCCCUCCCUGAGAGCAUAGGGAGCAGCAAGGCAGCUGCCUUCGCUUUGUCCCCAGAGGACAAGGACUUGCCUCUACCAGGAGAGACCUCUGGCACUGAAGGCCCCCAGCCUGAGGGUUCGAGCACCCCUCAGCAGGCUCUGGUGGAGCCACAGCAUCCUUGCCUUGCUGAGCCAGCCCGCAGUGAUCCCAUAUACGCUGAGAGCACCAAGAGGAAGAAGGUGCAGCUGAAGGCUAUUGGAGGACACGCAAAAGUAGAGAAGCUGGCCCACAACACUGGCAAGGAGCAAGCUGAUGGGACUUGGAGGGAUGGCAGCUGGGCUUUAGGUGGUGAGAAGGAGUACCAGGACUCCACUGGCCAGGUGGCAGCCAAGAUAACUAUAAUGACAGCACACACUGAGGAUGAUCACAAGACAAUAUUCCUCAGCAGCCCUGACUCGGCAGUGGGAGUUCAGUGGCCAUGUAUCAGCCCCACUUCCCACCCCGAUUUUGGGAGUUCAUCACCUGCCAUUGAGCACGGGGAGAUUUUUCAAGCGUCGGGAAGUGAAAACAGCUCAAGAUUUCAUCUGGCAGCUCCUGCCAAGACCUCAGUUACUGAGAGUCCAGCCAUUCCCCCAAAGAUGUCCCGAAACGGCCAGCCAGGCAGUGAGGGGAACCGUGUGUCCCCAAUAAGCUCCCAUGUGGCAAGGCUUGGUGAUGACAACAGCCAUGAUGGAGCUGGUGUUCAGUUGCUGCCGAGGAGCUAUACUGAUACGGGCGCCUUUGGGGCGUCUCCUUCUCUGUGCACUCAUGUCAAUGGGGUCUCCGUGGAGGAGUCCAGCAGAGGCCUGACAGGCUCAUCCUAUGACAGGAGGCAGAAAUACUACACCCCAACGUGGACCAAGCAGUGCCGGAUAGAGGAAGAGGAAGAGCAGGAGGAGGAGGAGCAGGAGCUCCUAACCCACCCAUGGGCAGUGGGAGCUGAGAAUGGAAGAGCUGGGGCUGACCUUGUGGGUGAUGGCCCAAUGCUGGAGAGACAGGCUGGGAUCAGCAAAUCAUCGUCUUUCUCCUUUGAUUUCCCUAAAGACAAAAAUAAUGGAGUGGAGUUUGCACCACCACCACCGCCACCGCCAAAAAAGCAGUCCAGGUACAGCCCU